UUUGUCCCAAAUCCUUUUCUUUCUCUUCUCUUCUCUUCUCUCAGCUGCAGUGUUAUCUUCUCUUCUCUUCCUAUAUAUCCAAAGUGUUCUGUCCUUGAGGAUUUCUACUCCGCUCCCUUUUGCCUCCUCUCUAUUUGAUAUAAGAAUCUCUAUAAAUAUUGACAGUCUAAUAUUCUUGAUAUCUCAUGUUUCGAUAGCCAAUUUUCCUAAAGUUCAAAUCUUUUUCUGAUUCGAGUCGGUAAUUGCGAAAAUGGGAACGAAGAGGGGCUACAUAACCGAAGAUGAUGUCUCGCUCCUUCUCCAAAGGUACUCUGCAACAUCCAUUCUUGCUCUUCUUCAGGAGAUUUCUCAGUUUGCUACUGCAAAAAUGGACUGGAAUGCACUUGUUAAGAGAACUUCUACUGGGAUUACUAAUGCUCGGGAAUAUCAGAUGCUAUGGCGACAUCUGGCCUACCGUGACAUGUUGCUGGACAAAGUGGAAGACGGGGCUGACCCCUUGGAUGAUGACAGUGAUUUGGAAUUUGAAUUAGAAGCUUCUCCUGCUUUAAGUGCUGAAGCCUCAUCGGAUGCCACAGCAUGUGCUAAGCUUUUGAUCUCUUCACGCUCCUCACGGGGAUUUGGCCCAACAAACCGGGCAAACCUAGGCACUCCUUUGACAAGAAACAUACCCGAUGACCAGAGACCACAUGACCCAUCAGACAAACAAAAGCUGGCUCAUACCACCAGUGGAAUAAAUGCUGCGGCCCCUCAUUCUGUUCAGAAACAACCACUAGCAACAAAAAGGUCUGCUGAAGUGUCUCAUGGAAAUGAAUUGGCAGGCUCAGGUUUGCCUGCUAAAAAGAAGAGGAAAUUAUGGACUAAAGAGGAGGAUAUGGAAUUAAUAGCUGCUGUUCAGAAGUGUGGUGAAGGGAAUUGGGCGAACAUUCUUAAAGGAGAUUUCAAGCACAACAGAACUUCUUCACAGCUAUCUCAGAGAUGGGCCACCAUUCGGAGGCGCCCAGCCAACCUACUUGCAGCUUCUGGCAACAAAUCAGUCAACUCAACACGGUCUGAGGAGGAGAGGCUGGCUGCACAAAAGGCAUUUUCCUUGGCUCUUGAUAUGCCUAUGACCGGAAGCUUAUCAGCUAUACUGUCAGGUGCUACACAAUCAAACACACCAGCCAGUUCUGCUACUCUCUCAGCUUCAGUAUCCGAGGCAUUGCCUGCAUCUGCUCCUCAACAAGCUUCCACUCAGGCAACAUCCCAAAAACUAGCCUCGAACAUUUCAAAUAAGCUUCGAACAAUCCCCCCAAAAGCGGUGGCCCCUGUGAAGUCAUCUGCAGGUCCCAAUCCUUUGAUACAAGCAGCUGCCUUUGCUGCUGGAGGACGCAUUGCGACUCCUUCCACCGCUGCUUCCUUGUUCAAAGCUGCACAAUCUAAAAGGGCUUUUAAUGUCCGACCUGGUGGAGGUGCUCAUCAAAAAUCUCCAAUUAUGGCUGCCAAAUCAUCACCUGCCACUAACAUGGUGGGACCGCAGCCACCAAGCGUCCGCUGUGUCCAGCCUGCAGUUGCUGUUCCUACACCAGCUGUAGUAAGCCCGGUGUCGUCACCGACAGUGCCUUGGCAUGGAAUGCAGCGACUGCAAGGCUCCUCUCAAAGACCUACAAGCAAUCCUCCUACCGGCAGUGCUGCAGUACCAAACUUAUCAACUCCAACAAUGUUCUCAGAAUCCAGACCACCUGCUGAUUCGCAAGAAAAUGCUGAGAGCAAUAGUGAUAUUUCUUUCCCUCUUAUCCCAGCCAUUGAUGUUGAUGAGUUGUUAGCUGAAGAGGUUGAUGGUGCAGAUGAGAUGGAACUGGAUGGUUCUGCAGCCGAGAGCCAUGAGACAGACUUGCUGAGCCCGAAUGUGGGUGAGAGUGACAACGAUAUUGUCAACAAUGCUGCUUGUGAUAUGCAAAAAGCUGCAGCUGGGUGUAAGGAUCUCUCAAAAUCACAGACUCAUGAGAAUCAAACUCUCAAUAAUAAAGCAGUUUCACCCGACACUGGAGCAGCUGAGAAUAAAGCCAUGGAAAUUGAUGCUAGUGGAGAUCAGAUUCCAGUUGAAGAGAGCACCCACUUGGCCAAUGGAGAGUCCAGCGAGAGACGAAGCAUGAAUACUGCGAGUGUUCCGAAUCAAAUUGUGGCUCAAGAGCAGUUGGCUUGUACGGAGGCUGGGGCUGAUGAGGUCAAGCAGAGUCGCAUCCUGGUGGAACGGCGUGCAGUAUUAGAGGACACUGCAUCAGGCAAUCAAUCACCUGUUGAUGACCAUGCUGGGUCAAUUGGUGCCACACAAGAUUUGAGUCUGUGAUGUCACAGGCUGCGGAGGUAAGACUGACAAAGUGCUGUGCUCCAGUACCAUUUUCUUGUCGCUGUAAAACAUAGAAGAACUUCAGCAUUAUCAUAGGCAAAUACAAACAAGCUAAUCUAUGCAAGAAGUGGCCUUGCAAGCCCUUUUUUCUCCUUUAAUUGUUGACAAGUCGCGAGACUUUUCAGCUAAAGGAGGAGAUGAGCUGUUUUGUGCGCACGCUGCUCGGAUGUUGGAACUGAGGUGUGGUGUCGUGGGUAAAAAGUCUAUUUUACCAAAUUUUGAUUGCAAAAUUUAUCAUGAAAACAUGCAAAUGGAAAUGCAACUUGGUGAGCUUUUCCUUUCCCUCUCUCUCUCUUGGGUUAUUUGGAUCCUUGCUGUAUAUGGAGCCAACUGUUAUUUAUGAGUUCCAGUUCUUUGCCGGUAAAGAAAUGCUACGGUAAUUAGAGGACACUUUUUAUUUUUUCACGCAACAUCAAAAGAAGUUGGUGGACCGAAAAGGACACCAAAAUCUUAAGAA